CCCCCUGCGCUUCUCACAGUGGGUUGUUCUGAAAGCCCCCCAGGCGCAGCCCCCCUCGGGCGUAGGCCCCCGGCAGCCCCGGACCUUGGCCUAAGGCCGGGUACCCGGAGGGAGGCAGGGAGGGACCUCUGCGCCCUGCCCUCCUGCGGCCAAGGCGGGGCAGGGCAGGGUGACCUAAGAGGUGGUGCGGCCUGGCAGGGCAGGACUCGGCACAGGGCUGGGCUUAGGUUACACAUGAGUUUCGUGGGAUCAGGCGGCUGCCCCACUUUUAAGUGGAAUACUCAGCUGUGGUCCUGGACUCAUGUCAGCCUGGCCAGAAGCCUGAACACAGAUAGGUGGGUGCCCUUUACCUUUAGGGCGGCAGCCUGGGCUGUGGAACUCCGGGAAGGAUGGGGACUCCCUGGCGCUUCUCUGUCAGAGUCUGCUCCUGGCACCUUAGAGGUUUUGAGCUCAGAAAGGGACUCCGUCUUUUAAGGCUCUCUCGAUACCCUCAAAAGUCCAGACUCUGUUGGCUGCUCUUUGGCACUUUGCCCAAACUCCUCUCAGUCUAUGGGGACACUGGUGAGGGGGCCCCUGAGAACUUGUGUCAGCGAAGGGCCAGCUGGAGUGACCUGGCUGAAAAUGGGCCCCUGGAGAGAGUCUCCGGAGAGGGGCCCCUAGGCUGCCUCCUUCUGCACCUCCGGAUCGGGCUCCGGGCUGGGGCUCUCUUGGUGAAGUUCUUCCCCCUCCUUUUACUCUACCCUCUCACCUACCUGGCUCCCAGCAUCUCCAGCCUCUGGCUCCACCUGCUUCUGAAAGCCACGGAGACCUCAGGCCCAACGUACAUCAAACUGGGCCAGUGGGCCAGCACCCGGCGAGAUCUCUUCUCGGAGGCUUUCUGUGCCCAGUUCUCCAAUCUGCACGUCCAUGUGACCCCGCACCCUUGGACUCACACUGAACACGCCCUGCAGCAGGCGUUUGGGGAGAACUGGGGGAAGGUCCUCUGCUUUGAGAAGCGGGAACCAGUGGGCUCGGGCUGUGUGGCCCAGGUGUACAAAGCGCGUGCCAAUCCUGCCUUCCUGGAGAGUGACAGCAGGCAGAGGCUUGCCGCCUCUGGGCUGCAGCCUCGUUCAGAGAACAGGGCAGCUGGGGGCCUGAGAGAGCUCUUUGGACACCUGGGGGAGGGGCGGAGGUCUCAAGGAAGUCUUGCUGACCAGUCAUUGCUAGAAAGGCUGCUUCUUCCUAAAGCUGACCUGGAUGGAUCAGACGCAGUCGUAUCCCAGGCGCUGGCACCUGCCCACCUACCUGAACCACAUCACCUCAUCCCUGUGGCAGUGAAAGUAUUGCAUCCUGGCCUGCUCUCUCAGGUGCAAAUGGACCUGCUGCUGAUGAAGAUGGGCAGCCGAUUCCUUGAACUUUUGCCAGGAAUCAAGUGGCUUAGCUUGCCUGAGAUAGUGGAGGAAUUUGAGAAGCUCAUGGUUCAACAGAUAGACCUGCGCUACGAAGCGCGGAAUCUGGAGCACUUCCAGUGCAACUUCCUGGACGUGAAGUCUGUUCGAUUCCCCACCCCGCUGCAUCCCUUUGUCACCAGCGAUGUCUUGGUGGAAACAUACGAAGAGAGCGUGCCUGUGUCCAGUUACCAGCAGGCAGGGAUUCCUGCUGACUUGAAGAGGAAGAUUGCUCGGCUGGGGAUCAACAUGCUCCUGAAGAUGAUAUUUGUGGACAACUUUGUCCAUGCAGACCUUCACCCUGGGAACAUCCUGGUCCAGGGGGCCGACGGUCUUUCCAAUAGCCAAGAGGCUCGGCUGCAGCAGGUGGAUAUUUGUGACACGCUGGUGGUGUCCGUGACGCCCGCCCGGUGCCCACUGCGCUUGGUACUCCUGGAUGCUGGCAUCGUGGCCGAGCUGCAGGCCGUUGAUCUGAGGAACUUCCGGGCAGUUUUCAUGGCUGUGGCGAUGGGACAGGGCCAAAGAGUGGCUGAGCUCAUCCUGCAUCAUGCUCGGGCCAGUGAGUGCAAGGACGUGGAGCGGUUCAAGGCAGAGAUGGCCACACUGGUGACACAGGCCAGGAAGGACACCAUCACCCUGGAGAAGCUCCAAGUUUCCAGUCUUCUGUCGAACGUCUUUAAGUUACUGAUGACUCACAAGGUAAAGCUUGAGAGCAACUUCGCCUCCAUUGUGUUUGCCAUCAUGGUGCUAGAGGGGCUCGGCCGCUCGCUGGACCCCAAACUGGACAUUCUGGAGGCAGCCAAGCCCUUCCUGCUGAAAGGUCUAGUGUCUUCCCCCUGAUGGUGGCAGUGGGUGUGCAGCGGGCCUCGUGUCAGAACCAAAGACCACUCCCAACAGCCUCCUGGGGCCGCUUGAACAUUUAUAGAUUGGGAUGUGUGGAGGGCAGGACUUUGCUUUUCUCUUUGAUGUGGCUGCAGGCAUCUGUUUAAACAGCUUUGGGUUAUUUGGGGAAGUAAAGGGAGGGAAGGGCGUUAUCCAUUCAGUCACAGGAGCUGGGCCUGGUGGGAGACUAAUUCAGGGAAGAGGUUCUGUGGAGGGCGAAUAAACUUAGUUAUUUUGUUUUCUUCCUUUUCUCUCUUCUCCUCUUACCCCUCACCCCUCUGUGCUUCCUUGUCAGGUGGGUCCUCCUGGACUCUGAUAAUUAGGUUAGAAAAUGUCACAGAAUCCUAUAGACUCAUGGCUUCCAAUUUGUUAUGUACCCUUAUUGGUAAAAAGUUGAAUAUAUUUAACUAGACAUACAUAUAUAACUUAUUUAUAAAUGAUGCCACCACUAACAAACAUCUGGAGGCACAAUAUGUACUCAGGGCAAAUUUCACUGUACUUCAAAUUAUCUUCUUCAAACUUUUAAAUAUUUUUUGCUGACUUAACUAAAUUUUAUUACAAGGUGAAAAAAGAAAAGCAAUGAUUAAUGUGGCUGAUACAUUAGGAACAGGAGCAGAAUCAGCUCUGCCCUCAUCUUAAAGAUCUCCUGUGCUUGCAUAUUAGUAUUCACACUGUGGUCUCAGCAAUGUUCAGGCCCUUGUCCAUUUGUCCAGGGCUAAUUUCCGUUGAUAUUAAUAUGUAGUAGUAUAAUCUGUAUAACCUCUUAAACCAGGGCUUGAAACCUGCAGUAGCACCCAGUGAACUAAGGGGUGGUGGCCACUGCCUGCCCCUCUGUGCUUGGCCCAUCUGCAGACUAUUCCUUCAAAGCUGACCUGACGUGUGGCUGGUCCACAUGGACUAAGAGGAUCCCAGGGUCAGUAUGUAGAGUGGAUAUUGGCAAAGCUUAUUUCGUGUUUUUCUAAAUAAAAUAGUAUUUUCUCCCUCA